CCGCUCACUGUAUCGACACAGGACUAGUAAUAACUAUCAUCUCGUUUACGACAAGGUGAUAUACUACAAAUCACUAGGGAUAUGUACCCCGAUACGUUGUCAGUGACUGGGCAUUGGAUUACACCAAGUUGAAGCUCGGCGAGCUAUUCCACAAAGACUCUAUGAUCCACGUCAAGGCAUACCUCGAUGCAAAGGAGUCUGUAGCUGGAGUGCAUAUCCUGAUCGGCGGCUUUAUGGAGCCCAUCUUCAGUCCAUUUUUUGACAUUGUGGAUGUCCAGAGCAACACCUUCCGAUACUGUGGUGACGGCAAUGAGAUGAUGGAAGGAACGACUUACGACGAUGCGGCAAAGUAUACAGCCAAGGUCGUCUUGGAUUCGACUGCAAACGGUGUUUUGAAGUGUAAGUCUCUCGACUUCCGCUACCUGAGCAGCAUCGUAACAACACUCUUACAUCUAUCUCUCGGCGGCCGUGCUACCAUCCAGGAAAUUGCCAGGAAAUUGCCAGGAAAUUGCCAGGAAAUUGCCAAGACUUACGAAGCUGUCUAUGGCGUUCCAGUGAAACUGGAGCAACGCGGAUAUCUGGAUGACCUUUACAGGACGAUGCGUGAUCUCCGGGACAGGAAUCCCCAAGAUAUCUAUAGCUACAUGUCCUUCUAA